AGCAGACUAGCAUGGCCUAAGGUGUCCGAGGAUAGUUUUAACGUGAUGUUUGUGUAGUUGCCUGUAAGCAGUGACGAGUCGGUUUUCGCCUUUAAGUCGACGUUUUCGAUUACGCGUUUUUUUUUCUUGCGGUCGACUCUCUUUGAUAAGUUCUAGUUCAUGAACACGACAAAGUUUCACUCUUAGAUUAAGACUUGUGGAUGAAGUGACUGUCAUUCUUCACGGUUGCUCUCCCCUGUACGAUCACGCACCUGGGAUUUCGUACAUAAAGCGCGGCUGAGACUUGCGGGUAUGAAGUCAUGGAGACCGUCCGAGGUAGUUUCAUCGUGAAGACGACUUUCGUACAACUGCUGCUAGUAACAUCUUGUUUAUUAUUAUGAUCAGCUUGCGUGGUAAUGCAAUAACUACUUACUCAACUUCUCGCCGUUCAUCAUCUUCAUCAGACAGUCACGGCAUUAUACUGAUCAUAAUUCGGUACCAGCAUGAUUUCAUUUUAGUUCCACAAUUUCAAUUACAUGAUCAGAGUAUGCCAGUCCUGAGAACGGGUGGCAGGCGGCGGCUUCCUGGCAGCACGUCGAGGGAUCAGCUCAAGUGGCAGAAAGCUUGAUCCAGCCGAUAAAUUUAGAGGCAGAAGCGGCCGCUGGAAUACGAAAGGAGCUGCAGAAGCACCAUGGAGAGCAUCAUGCGUAUGGAGGGCAUCCCGGCAGCUCACAGCCACCUGGUGCGGCCCCGCAGAGUUCUCAUGUCCAAAACCAUUCUUCUACCAUUUCGUCUGGCACGACGAAUGUACGCGGUUCGUCGUCUAAUAGUGGUUCGCUGGGACAGCAAGUGCCUGGUGCAGCACAGGCUCAGGGCGCAGGGGGGCACGGCACUCACCCAUCGAUGACACAACACAACUUUUAUCACUACGGAGGAGCAGGGAGUAGUGCGUUCACGUCCUCGACGGAGGCCGCUGCACACGGGUAUGGUCAACAAGCUAGUGCUGCGGCUACCGCAUACGGCGGAAGUGCGACCAGUGUUGGACAGCAGCAUCAUGGCAGUUACAGUAGUCACAAUACUGUACAUGCUUCUGGCGGCGGUUACAACACGACGGGUGGUUGUCUUAGUAGUGGAAUCGGCCAAAUAGGCGGAGCGACCUCCUCCAAUUUAGUCGGACGUAAUUCCGGUUCCUAUCACGGCCACCAGUCUAGUGCAUCGCAGGCUAACGGAAGCUACCACGGAGGCCCAGCAGCCAGCAGCGCCUCCGCAAGCGGUGCAGGUUCAGCCGGUGGCGGCCACCAUCACUCGUCUUCGCGCUCUUCUGGUAAUCAAAGUAGUGGUCAGCACGGAGGUAGCUCAUCAUCUUCGGGGCAAGCAGGCAUAUACCAGUACGUUCUAGACUUGAGGCAGCAGGAUCGAAGGGAAGCAGCCUUGUACGAACUGUCGAAGCGACGGGAAAACUUGCAGGAUCUAGCUCCAAUUCUCUGGCAUAGCUUCGGAACGAUAGCUGCGCUCUGUCAGGAAAUCGUAGUGAACUCAAUUAUUUAUUUUGGCCACGAAAUUAUAUACAGUGUGUGUAGCGUUGUUGAAAAAUGUAAAUGAUAUAUUUACAUCAACCAAAACCUUCCAAAAUUACUCCUGUUCUCUCCAUCGACAGAUCGGCGUGUAUCCACAGUUGUCGUCUCACUCUCUUACGGCGACGUCUUCAAAUCGCGUUUGCAACAGCCUAGCUCUAUUGCAGUGCUUAGCCUCCGAUACAGAAACGCGGCCUCUUUUUUUGCGUGCGCAAAUCCCAUUGCUCUUGUACCCUUUCCUGAAUACGCAUUCGCAAGAGAAACCAUAUGAGUACUUGCGGCUCACUUCCCUCGGCGUGAUCGGUGCCCUAGUCAAGGUAGACGACACGGACGUUGCAGGUAUUGCAAAUCAUGUAGAUUCCAUAGUGCAACUGCAACUAAGUACUUAUUUCACCUUCAUGACUGAUUUACAUUUUGAUUUUUCAAGAACUCGUCCUUUUUUGUAGACCUCCUGCUAGCCGCUAUUGCUCUCAUCAAUGUGAAAUCUGACCGGCUUCUAGGUUUCCUGUUGCAGACCGAGAUUAUUCCCCUAUGCCUCCGUAUCAUGGAGACGGGCUCAGAACUGUCGAAGACGGUGGCCACAUUUAUUCUCCAGAAGCUGUUGUUGGACGAAACCGGCCUAGCCUAUAUUACCCAGACCGCCGAGCGAUUCUAUCAGGUAGCCACAGUCUUAAACAAGAUGGUGGAUGACAUAAGGCGUGCCCGUGACCCAGCUGCGCGACUGCUGAAGCACGUAGUAAGAUGUUUUUUGCGCUUGUCCGAUAACGAGCGUGCGCGAGACGCGUUACGACGGUGUCUUCCGGACGCCCUCCGAUCUGGCACGGAGCUGCAGCCACUAUUGGAAAGCGAUGCCACCACCAAGCGCUGGCUCCAGACAUUACUGCAGAACCUUGCGACAGUGUACUAAGAGUCCCGCAAGACCCUCCACAUUUCUGCGUUGCUAGUCGCAUGUCAUUCGAACAUGCUAUGUCGAUAUAGUAGUAAUGGCGCAAUUUCAGAUACAUGGACCACAAGUACUUCGAAAAAACUAGAUUUGUUCCUAUGGAAAAUGUAUGAUUUCCAUUCGUUCCCCGAAAUGGCGGUAAAAUGUCGCCGGGCUGUGAGCAUAUUAAGGGCAUCAUACUCAUUUUGGCAGAAAUUACACUAUCAAUGAUGAGAACCGCCUCUGAAUACAUCUAGUGAUUGAAGCGUUACAUAUGUGAAGAAUAGAAGAACAAAGAAUUUGGGCAUGCUGAUCUUGAACUUAAAUUUUUUUCCACGUUGACUACUAGCUACAUCUAAUAACCUUUUCGCGCAAAUCGCAUACGAAUUUUUAUCAUUGAUUGUCAUAGUCAGAUUUAUCUUCAUUUCUCGCAAGAAUUAGUGCCAUCGCAAAUCGUACUAAAAAGGAGCAUUCGCAUGCGCAUCUGUGGCAAAUUAGUUCAGUUCGAAUUGAUGUUCGUUCAGAGGGGAUUCACACUACAUCAUUGACAAGUUUUAUGAUUUGUCGGACGACUUAGAUUUUGAUACGCAAAAAAUAUUCAUGAUCUUCAUAUAGUCCGGGUAUUUACAUGACCACUAUCUUUCUUGUGCUGCUGAGUUGAGAAUAAUGUCAUGAACUCUCCUCUUUUGUCGAUCGUAAUGCUGAGUUACUCUUCUACGCACACUAGAGUACCUUUGUUGGGGUACUAUAUACUUAGACAAGAAUUAGUACCGUCAGCGAAUGUGGUUAAGACACUACUUCGUUGAGGGCAAUGGACCCUCUGUCAGAUAGAGGUGGAUCGAUCUGAAAAGAUUGUACAAGGAUCUGCUCAACUUUGCUUUUCUCGUAUGGAUGAUCUCGUUAUCGAAGGACGUGAAGGCGAUUCGUCGAAACUUUUUUGGAUUUCGUAUCAAUUCGGAA